AUGUGGGGCCGAGUCAAAGGAGUCCUCAUUCCAAACAAAGAGAAGGGACUCGUCUCGGGCCUUGGGAAAAUAAUAGUCACGCUGAUCGUCACCCCCAAACCAAGCAGCACGUGCCGGACUCAUCCUUCGUCGAUCGUGUACCUGCUAUUCGCCAACCGACGGCUGUUUUCACCGGGCGCAGUCAUCCAAGAGUGGAACAACCAUGCAUAUGGCAUCUUAGCGACUGUGUCCAUCUCCGGAUCUCCCGCUGGGUCCGAUACAAAGUCCAUGUCCGUUGAAGAUGGGUCGCUGGAAUCUAGGCGGUUCAGGAAAAGGAGCUCCAGAAUGUCUGUUGAUCCUUCCCCAUUGACAGGCGACUAUCGCAAGGCUUCGUCACAGAUGUCGAUUGAUCCAUCUUCUCCGAAUGUUAAUCAAGGCGCUCAGCGUAAGGCUUCAUCCCGCAUGUCGAUUGACGUUCCUUCUACCCGUCGGAGCCGGGGGUCAUCAGACCGGAUGCUGAUUGACGAGAUCCAGCAUCAUUAUCCCACACAGAACCUCCCACAACAGGUGUACAGUCACUGUGACCCUUCAUUUACUACUCGCCCGACUGUCUCGCCGACCAUGACAUGUUCUCGAAAUCCACAUUUCCAACGAGAACGUACGCUCGCGUCCAGCGCUUUGCCUCCCACAUCCUUUUCAUUGCAACGUAUCUCUCCAUCGCAUGAUAGAGGUUCCCCUCGCGGAGAAGCUAAUUCGGCGUCGUCGCAAUCAUUAUCUCUGCAACAUGGGCGCGACAAGAAAAAUCAAGUCCUCUCCCCAAUAACAUCCCCUUCUCGCCCAUGCAUAUCACAACCGCCUCCUAGCAUGAUCCCCAGCUCCCUUGCACGCCCUCCGGGUCGCUCAGGAUUCUCACCAGCUGCACCUCCCGGAACAUUCUCCCCAAAACAUGGGACUCCGGCUUCAAGGCAGGGGAAUGGAUCGCCUUCCACGAGUCCAGAUGCUAUUCAUCGUCUAUCCCCUACCAGCAGGAGUCGUGUUCGUGCGCGAGGAUCAUCCUCAGGAGACGAUGCCAAUUACAAGCGUCGUUGUGUCCGACAAGAUAGCCAACCUAUUGCUCUUCUCUCCAUUGAUUCUCGUUCAGCAUGUGGCACAUCUCCCCAGUCAACUCAGUCGCUCUCCCCUAUCAAUGAGGUUUGGCUCCCGCCUAUGGAGAAGCAGUUGGAAAUGGCCCGCAAGUCACAGGUGAAAGCCAGGUUCAGAAAAUUUAAAGCUAUCAUUGGCGGGGCUGUCAACGAAAUCAGGGAGGUAAUUGUGCCUUAUCAUAAGGACCAUCGAAAGCGUAAAGUCGCACGCACGAAUACCAACUCAGAACCUUUCUCUGAAGUUCCCGACUACCUGCGAUCUCUAGAGCGUUGUAACCCACCCCAAACCACACACACAUCCCGGUCUCAACCACGCACAUCAUUUGACAUUAGGAAGGAUGUUGACCACAUCACUCAAACGUGGACGAAGCUCGCGCUGUGCGAUUCUCCAACGGCAUUGCGAGGGGAUGACGUGCUCCUUCAGGGCGAAAGCUGCAGGUCUUGGCGCGGUCAUGCCGUUCCAGAGUGA